UUGAAUCGCAGAGGGAGCAUUUUAUAUCCUGCUGCAACAAUGAGGAGUUCAGACUUGGAGAGAGUUUAUUAUUAACGAGAGACUAACUGCUUCUGUGUGAAUUUUCACCGUGUUUGAACGAACCGCGUCGUACGAGGAGGAGACUGAUCACCAGCUGGGAUUUCUGGAAGAUCUGGAGAACUGAAGAAGUUACAAAGAACAGCGCAACACAGCAUCCAUGUGAUUCCAUUACCAGCCUGGCAGAUUCAGAUGUGGGAGAAUGGACCGAGACUAUGCUGGGCUAACUGAGACUUUCAAGGCACAGAAGAAAUAGAAGAUCUUUGGGAUCAAUGGAGAUGGAUGAGGAAAUUCACUGUCUCAAGGACAGAGGAAAAGUCAACGCAGACACAGUAUGGCAAUGGCGAAUUUUGCAUGCAAAGAAAUAUUCAACACAUCUAGAUCCAUUCUUUUACAGUAAUAAAAUCGGACUGAAUUUUAAUGUUGCCUCCAGCUCUCACCCAAAACUGAAUUCACCAUUUGUGCCAAAUGGCGUCAUACUUGAGGUGUGUGAAUUUGCUCGAACGAUCAACAAGAGAAGUAUGCACUUCAUCCCAAACAUUCUGGAAAACAAUUUUGAUCUUGAAUUUGAAAAUGAUCAACAGCGGAUGGAUUUCACUGCUCAAAUUCAGCACAAGCUGGAAGACUUGAUCCGAAAUCCUGUGAAAGAUAAAAAUGAAGUUUUUGCUCUUUUUGACACCUGGAAGACAGAAGGUAGCAAUAAUGGACUGAACAAGGCAACAAGGACACACAAACCUCAGAGUUUCUUCAUGGAAAUUGAGAAUAUAAGUGAACUUGAACAAUUAUUGAAAUGUUCCACUGAAAAAGAGACAGAAGAGAUAUCAGGAUCACACACUGAUGGCGAUGGUCAGAAAGAUAACCCUGAUUGUUCAGGAAGAGAAAUGAAAGAGGUCGUCAAUGAGGACAUUCCUUUGUUGUUGUUCUCUUCUUGUGAAAACAUUGGUUUGAACCUUGGCACGGGGACUAAACAAAGUCUUGAUCCAGGCUUGUUAACAGAGAGAGUGAUGUUGGAGUUGUUGGAUUUUGCACGAGUCUUGACUGCCUCCUUCACCUCCAUUGUUGUCAGUGUGUUGGAGCAUAAUUUUGAGCUUGAUCUGAAAAGUCAAGAGAGAAGGAAUGAAGUGCGGUUGUUGAUAUCACAGAUGUUAAAAAGGGGGAAACACGUUGCUGCCAGUAACACAAACUUCAUCCCAGAGUUUGAAAAUGAGCCAUUUUUCUUUGAGAGAAACCCAUUAAAGAGAGCCUACGUACCAGCACUGUCUACAGUGGAAACCCUUCUGUCAGAAAAGACAAAGAGACAAAAGCUGGAUUUCAGUACUUCUCAGGAAAAGAUGCCUCCUUCAGUCACAAAGUGCAUCAUGAAGAAGGACCAAGGACAACUGGAUGAAAAUGAAUUCAUUGUGCAAGAAAUUGAAACAGAAGCGGAAGAAGAGACCCUCGAAAAUAUUCCAAACAAAUUUGACAUGAACCAUGAGGAAAUGGAAACAGAGACCAACAUGUGGAAGUUCCGUUCCAAUUAUGUGAAAAGAAUCCAUCUUGCUUUUUCGAAGGAGCUUUACCCACACUGGAACUUCGGACGUCUCGAGUUUGAUGUUGCGUCUGGGCCGCCCAGAAACUUCAUUCCUGAAAAAUUGACGACUUUUCGUCUGUACAAAGUUGUUCAUUUUGCAUUAGCAAUGAGUUCAUCCCAGCAGAAUGUCAUUCUGGAUAUUCUAGAAUACAACUUUAACUUAGGCCUGCAGAGUGAAUACCAGAAAAUGACGUUUGCACAUGAAGUCAUGAAAGGAGUACAGGAAUUAUUGGCUCGUGACGAUAGAGAUAACAUUUUGAAAGAGGUGUUUGUUUUGCCAGGUUCUCUGUCAUUCAGUAAUGUGAAUUGUGAGAGUGAUGACAGUGUUGAUUCUGAACCUGAAACUUCACAGACAGCUUCAGACCUUUAUCCAUUCUGCAAGAAGAUUGGUUUGAAGCUCAAUGUGAGUUUCUGUCACCCAGAUAAAAAGCUUGAACUCCACAAACUGACCAACGGAGCAGUGAUUGAGGUUGUGAACUUUGCAGAAAAAUUGUGUGGAAGCUACGAGCAGAUUUGUGUUGAUGUCCUGCGGCACAACUUUGAUCUUGAUUCGCAGAUAUCAGAUUCUGAUCUUGCUCAAAAUAUUCUUUCACAGGUUCCUUUUGCCAUUGAGGAAACUAAUUUUCGAUAUUUUUGCAGAAAAACGCAGCUUGCGACCAGAAUCAACUUGAAUGUCAUGGACUCUCAAAGGAAUACAUCUCCACAAACAUGUACUAUGAGUUCAGUGAAAGCAGAGAUGAACCAGAGUGCAAGUCAACCCGGUGACGUUGAAGCACACAAUGAUCCAGAGUUGCUGUUGUGGAAACUACGAGCCAACCAAGUUCAGCAAAUCCUCUCAGUGCCCCACAAAGACCAGUGUCCACUUUACUCUUACAGCAGAUGUAAGACAUUAGGCAUUGAUUUUGAUGUAGGAUCUGGAUUGAAACGUCGUCUUGAUCCCAAACUGUUGACCAAUGGCAUCAUGUGUGAACUUCACGCUUUUGCUACCGAACUCGGGUCAUCCAUGAAACAUUUCAUGACAGAGAUUUUGGAGUACAAUUUCAAUCUGCACUUCAACAGUACAUUUCACCGAAGUGCUUUUGCAAACUCACUGAUGGAGGCAGUCAGAUUGAUGAAUCACCAAAGAUCCACAGUCUUGCGACUGAAAUCCCUGUUUGAUCUGCCAGAUGAGAGAUUGAUUCAGGAAGUAGCACCAAUUCACAAGUGCUGCUUUGAUAGUCCACAUUCUGUGGUGAAUGUUGCCUCUCUUGAAGCGAACCAUGAGAAAACAACGUCUGGAAAUGCUCCAUUGUCCACUUUCCCAGCAACAGAGGUGAUAACAAAGCAAUACCAUCACUCCAAGAAAGCAGGUCUAAGCCUGUGUGUGGAUAACGCUCACCCAAAAGUUAAACUGGACAAACAUCUACUGACAUGUGGAGUUAUGCAGGAUGUGUACAGAUUUUCUAAAAAUCUUUGUGGAUUCAAGUUACAAAUUAUGAAUGAUGUUCUUGAACACAACUUCGACUUGGACCAUCAGAGUCAUGUGGAAAAUAUUGCGAUUCAUUUUAUCGGCAGACUCAACUCAUAUAGUGGAGAGCCUCACUGGUUUAAUGAAGUCUUUGAUAUGAAGCCCAAGCCUCGAGAAUUUAAAUUGAAAGAACCACCUCCUGUGCUAAGUAGUGAAAGGAGGGAAUUAUUUCAAAGAAGGAAACAGGAUAUGAAAAAAGCGAAGGCGCUGAUUGGUGAAAGACAACAGGCAAAACAGAUGGAGGAAAACAUCAGUUCUCAUCGCAGUGAUUUCAGCACCAGUCAGUCAGGAGAAGACUACAUGUGCCCUCUAGAAGAGGACAUAGAUUCAGAAAAUGAUGUGGAUGCUCAUCAGUGUGUCAGUCAAGCCAGGUGGGACUUUUCCAGUGGAGCACAGAUGAAUGAUGUGGGUAAACAUCACCUCACCACCCGUAAUGCUGCAUCGAUUUUGAAUGUAAUCACAUCUAUGAGGCCACAAAGUCAGCCAGAUGAAAACCAGUUGGCAGUUGAUGAGAAAGACGAACAUGUUCCAAGAAAUUUGCCAAAUGGAUGUAUCAUAGACAAAGAAAUGGACCCAGAGCUCAAAAUGUGGAAAUUUCGCACCAACCGUGUGAGACAAAUGCUCCCAUUUGUAAGAACUAUGUCACAUCUGAUGUUCAAAUAUAACUAUGCCCAUAUCUGUGGUCCAAAGCAUUGGUCUGAAUCAGAGAUCCUGCAGCGCCCCAGCCCUGCAUGUUUUCCAUGUCUCCCUGCUUCAACACAACUGAAUCUCAGGAAGGUGCCAUCAGCAACUCCAUCAGAAAAUCCGGUCACAAGCCACUCAUUACAAUCCGCCAUAAUGAAGCAGGGAGACACUGAAAACAUGCAUAACUGUGGCCCUCCAGUAUCUAAGUUUGAGACAGUUUUUCUAGACUUUGAUGUUGGAUUUCGGCCGAAAAGAAACUUGAGUCCUGACCAUUUGACCAACUGUGCUCUACUUUGCAUUGCUCUGUUUGCCCUUGAGAUGAAUGCAUCCCAAGAAGAAUUCAUGAUGGAGAUUCUUAAAAACAACUUUGACUCACGCCUUAAGAGCAAAGACAAUGAGAAAUCAUUUGCAAGGGAAGUCAUAAAACAAGUAAGAGAGCUUGUUAACUGUGGGGAAGCAGCUAAAGACUUAAAAGAGGUGUUUCGACUCCCAGGCUUUGUGUCAUUCAGUGGUAAGAAACGUCGGACCAGGAGGCGCAUUAAAUCUGAACCACACUCCAUAUCAAGCACAGAAGAAUGUGAUGUUUCUCUGAUGGCUGCUCCAAGUUUGUCUGCUGAAAAUGAACUGAGCACAGCGACUGAAACUUCUCAGAACAAUGUGGAUCUUUACCCGUUCUGCAACGACAUUGGUUUGAAGCUCACUGUAUGUGGCUGUCAACCAAAGAAAAAACUUGACAUCAACAAACUGACCAAAGGAGCAAUGAUUGAAGUUUUGACUUUUGCAGAAAAAUUGUGCGGAAGCUACGAGCAGAUUUGUGUUGAUGUCCUGAGGCACAACUUUGAUCUUGAUUUGCAAGAUGCAGAUUCAGAUCUGGCGAGACAGAUUCUUGAACAGGUUCCUCUUGUGGUUGCACAAAUAAAUCUUGAGAACAAUUUCAAAAGAGUAACAUCCCAAAGAAAACAUAACCCAAUUGACAUAAAUAUUCAGAAUCGUCCAAGUUCAGAAUCAUGCAGUACUGGCUCCAUCAAAGCAAAAGUUGACCACAGUAUGAGCGUCCACUGUGACAUUAAAGUGCAAAAUGACCCAGAUUUACUGCUGUGGAGACUACGAGCAAAUCGUAUUCAGCAGAUACUCUCUGUGCCUCAUGGAGAACAAUGCCCGUUUUACCCGUACAAGAGAUGUGUGAAAUCAGGCAUUGACUUUAAUGUAGGAUCUGGACUGAAACGUAAUCUUGAUCCGAAGCUGUUAACCAAUGGUAUCAUGAGUGAACUUUGGACUUUCUCUGAGGCACUGCUGUCAUCUGUGAAGCAUUUCAUGACAGAAAUAUGGGAGUACAACUUUCAUCUAAAUUUAAAAGGUGAGUUGCACCGCAGUGCCUUCACCCAGCAAUAUGUGAAAUCACAAAAAACGUUUUCUCGGCAGGCAAUCUUGGAAAAGCUCUACAAGUUGCCUGAUCCAACGUGCAUAACAGAAAAAGCUCCAUGUUGCCGCAAAUGUUACCAAGAUCGACAAGACGAUCCUGGCGACGUGACAUGUCGUCGUCCACAUAUCAUUACUGGCAAAGCCACUGCUGAUGCUAACUGCCCAGAACGAAAACCUUACGAGGCUCCAAUCGCGACUUUCCCAGCAACUGAGAUUCUAACGACGCGCUACCAUUCCUGUGAGGCUGUAGGACUAAGCCUGUGUGUGGACAGAAAUUACCCAACAGGCAAACUGGACCAGCAAGUGCUGACUAAAGCAGUUCAGAAGGAGAUUGAGUCCUUUGCCAAAGCAUUGUGUGGAACACGAUUGAAGAACAUCAAUGACAUACUUGAACACAAUUUCCAACUGGACAUGCCUGAUCAAGUUCCAACUCUGACACAUCAGUAUUACUCCAGAAUAAGACCAGGUGUUGGAGAACCCACGUGGUUCGAUGAAGUGGUCCACUUGGAGGUACUUCCUCCUAAAGAAAAUGACCCAAAGAAAGAAGUGUCUGUUGAUCAGCGAAAUGAAUGGAAGGAAGUGCUCAAAAGACGACAACUGGAUCUGGUAGCAAAGAAGGAACAGAGGAACGAUCCAGUUGUAAAAACACCAAAUCAGAGGGCAAAUAAAAUCAUGGAUCCCUAUCCUGUUUGCCGUGAGAUUGGUCUGGCCUUAGAGGUGUCAUCAAAGUCCAGAGUAAAAGAAAAACUGGACCUGUCACUUCUGACAACAUCUGUCGUGUUUGAAAUACACAAGUUUGUGUCAAAGAAGUCAUUUCAGUCCUAUCCCAAAACUUUGUAUAAAAUUUUAAACUACAACUUUGCUAUAAGCUCUCAACAUCACAGAAAGCGGAAAUUUUCUGUCGACACUGCAUCCAAAUUUGUCACGUUUGUCAGUAAAGGUAGAAAGGAAGGUGUGGAGGAAGUCUUCAAGUUGCCUUUUGUGAUUUCCAAAUGGAGGACGCCCAGAAAAACACAAGUGAAGAAGAAAAAAGAAGACUUGUUCAAGAUGAAGGUGAGUUCAAGGAAGUCAGCUGGACAAGGGCAAUCAAGUACUGAAGGUGAGGGACCAUCAUUCUGAGAGAAUCGCUGUGAUGCAGCAUGGCCUCCUGGGUACUGAACGGUCCUACGAGUAUGUAGACAUCAAAGAGGAGAUGGAUGAUCCACCAAGCUAUACACCAGAAAUGGACUCUGAAGAAAACUGUCCAUCUUGGGAUGAUGCCAGUGGAUAUUUGGACAAUCGUUGUCAUGAAGAUUUAGUCACAGUCAAAACUGAAGAGUUCAGUGGAAAUAUGUACCUGACAGAAUGUCCAUCUGGAAAUGUUGAUGUAAAAGAAGAGCCACAAAUGGAAAGUGGCCGGGAUUAUUCCCUGUCUGCACCACCAGUGUCUGAUGCACACCAGAAUGUCAUUUUACCAUUCGGACCAGUGCAUGUUGGAAACAGAAUACAGCACUAAUAGUGUUCAGUGUGAACCUCUGCAAUACUCUGUGGUGAUAAUCGAAGAGGAGGAGCAGGAGCAUGUGCCAGGUGAAUGAUACUAUUGUGAGUCAAUGCAACGUCAAGUUGACAUCAAGUGUUCAUGUAAAACAUUUACACAGCCAGCAGGUAUGAAGAUGUGUGAGCAGCAGAGUCAACUGGCUGAAAUUUCUUUAAUCUUGUAAGAUUUUGUUUAUAAAAACAUUUUGAAUACUCAGUUUCAGUUUCAGCUUUAUUUGUUGUCUUGAGUUUUUGAGCAGUAGAUGUAUCUGACGAACUGGUUGUACUGAUGUACUGUGUUUUCUUUUAUUGUGAAGACCUGCUCGAAAUGAACCAAUGAAUGAAUGAAAAGUUUGGGACGGUUGAAAGAUGUGUGUUUGAGGCUUCACAACAGUCAGGGUCAUUUUGAACGGCUCUGCCAGUCAUUCAAGACGAAGUUGUACCACUGCAUCGAAUUCAGCUCAUUUCUUUCUUGUUCUUUUUAUUUGUAAUCUUGUCAUGUAUGUAAAUUGAGGUUCCUUUUCGAAUUUGUUGUUUGUAAAAUCUGUUAGACAUGCUGCAUUUUUAACAAUUUAUUCUGUUUUUAUUGAAGUUUUUUUGUACUCUUCUUGAUUGUGUGUUCAGCAUUAUUUUGAAUGUUUGGUUAAUUUUCAAACUCCAUGAAGAUAGACUGUUCUGAAUUGGAAUGAUUGCCUUUUG